AUGAGCCGUCGGAAUCCCGUUCCGAGGCCUCUCUCAGAUGACGAGCGAGCCGCCGUGGACGAAUACGUCGACUCGAUUCACUAUUCGGCACGCUACUCGGACAGCGAGUUUGAGUACCGACACGUCCAACUGCCCAAGGCCAUGCUCAAAGCUAUCCCUAAAGCCUACAAGGACACCACUCACGGAACCCUGAAGCUUCUCUGGGAAGAGGAAUGGCGUGCGCUAGGAAUCACUCAGAGUCUCGGUUGGGAACACUAUGAGGUACACGAGCCGGAGCCACACAUCUUGCUCUUCAAGUAUGAGACGCCUUGUCCCACGAACAACUACAGAGCCAUAUACUGA